UGUUUAUUAUUCAUUCAGCAAACGAUUCCUUUCCCUGCAUUCAUCAACAGCAGCGUCACAAGUCAGAACCAACCCUUUCUCUUCUUCUCCUCUGAGAAGAGAGAAUCCAAACGCAUCUCACAAUUCGCCUUUCCCAUGAUUUUUACCAUUUAAAUUUCGCUUCUUGCAUUCUAAAACCCAACAUGUGCUUCACCCUUUCUUCAUUGAAUUCCCCGUAACGGAGCUGAAAUGUCUGUUACGGAGCUGAAGGAGCGUCACUCCGCUGCCACCCUCACUGUCAACGACCUCAGGGACCGCUUAAAGCAAAAGCGUUUUUCUUUGCUUGAUACAGAUAUUGCUGGGUACGCAAGGUCUCAGGGUAGAACACCCCUCAGCUUUGGACCUACGGAUCUGGUUUGCUGUAGAACGUUGCAGGGUCAUACAGGAAAGGUGUAUUCAUUGGACUGGACUUCUGAAAGGAAUCAGAUUGUUAGUGCAUCUCAAGAUGGGAGAUUAAUAGUGUGGAAUGCUCUAACUAGGCAGAAAAUUCAUGCCAUAAAGCUGCCUUGUGCAUGGGUCAUGACUUGUGCUUUCUCACCAACUGGUCACUCUGUUGCAUGCGGUGGUCUUGAUAGUGUUUGUUCUAUCUUCAAUCUAAAUUCAACUACUGAUAAGGAUGGGAAUCUACCUGUUUCUCGGAUGCUUAGUGGACAUAAGGGUUAUGUUUCCUCUUGUCAUUAUGUUCCAGAUGAAGACACUCAUUUGAUUACUGGUUCUGGUGAUCAGACGUGUGUAUUAUGGGAUAUUACCACUGGCCUUAAAACAUCUGUCUUUGGAGGGGAAUUUCAGUCUGGACAUACUGCAGAUGUACUUAGCAUCUCCAUUAAUGGAUCCAACUCAAGACUGUUCGCAUCUGGUUCUUGUGAUGCAACUGCUCGAUUGUGGGAUACUCGUGUGGCAAGUCGAGCUGUGCGGACAUUUCAUGGGCAUGAGGGAGAUGUUAAUGCAGUCAAAUUCUUUCCAGAUGGAAAUAGAUUUGGAACCGGCUCAGAUGAUGGAACUUGCAGAUUGUUUGACAUUAGGACUGGACACCAACUUCAAGUGUAUUAUCAGCAGCACAGUGACAAUGACAUCCCACCUGUGACUUCCAUUGCAUUCUCUGUUUCAGGAAGACUUCUUUUUGCUGGAUACACCAAUGGAGAUUGCUAUGUUUGGGACACCUUAUUGGCAAAGGUUGUCUUGAAUUUAGGAUCUCUCCAAGACUCCCAUGAGGACAGGAUCAGCUGUUUAGGUUUGUCAACUGAUGGAAGUGCCUUGUGUACAGGAAGCUGGGACACAAACUUAAAGAUAUGGGCAUUUGGAGGGCAUAGGAGGACUACUUAAGCCAUUUAAGGGCUACUAAAACGAUACUUCGCAGGGCGUUGUGGUUGAUCACAAUCCAGCAGUGAUGAUCAAAUUGGAGACUAAAAGCAUGGAAUGCAAAGGUUAUAUAGCUCUUCAGCCUUGCAACUAGUGCAGCGAGUAUGUUUAUCCUAAUGUCUGUUUGUCCAUGUGUGUGAUCUAGUACUCUUUCCAUUGUACUAACCGCUUCGGUAACUAUACCUUGAACCAAAAUGAAGGACUUGUUUUCCACUCUCUUGAGCGUAGCACACUAUACCAAUCCUUUUUAACUGUCACAAUUUUGUACUGCUUAAAAGAACUACCUUGCAUUUAUUAAAUUUUACGGCAA